UCUUCUCUGUUGAAAGCUACAGGAGAAAGUUUGUGUUGUUUCCCACUUCUUCUCUUGAUGGCUGACUAUAUUACAAGAAUCUCUACUUCCUUUUGGUCACUGUCUCCAUCACAAAUGCUUCAACCCCAUCUAGGCUUUUGUGGGUUCGUUUCAUGGGACAUUUCUAAUCCAGUUCAAUCUAUUCCCUUUCUGGGUUUUGAGUUUCAGUUCGUUUUUCCCUCUGUAUCUUCCUCUUCGUUUCCCCUGUACUGCUCUUUGUCAAAAAGACUGAAUUCCCACUUCAAUUUUGCGCAUUCAAUAAAGAAAAGAUUAGUUCUUGAAGAUUUUUCAAACUGGGUUUUGUAGUUCCGCCUUGCUGCUGUGCGGAUUUGUCGGGUUUUGGUGUUUUUUUCCAAAUGGGAUGCAAUCUUUCUUCAUGGGCGUUCAAAUUCAACUGAAUUUUGUCCAUUUUUUUCGUUCUGGGAAUCAUUGUACCCAUGUGAUCCUCCUUUAAAGUUUCUCCACUUUUUGAGAAUUCUGAGGUGUUUUCCUGUUGUGAAAUUUGGAUGUUUUUAGGGUUUUAUUCAGUUGAUGGACCUCAUGUAUGGUACAAGUUUAACAUUUGAGCCUGCUGAUUGUCUUCCCUGUCAUAGAUACUAAGAACCCCAUUAGGCAAUCAGUGGAAGAACCUCAGGUUCUGUUACAAAUGGCACCAUUGCAAGGUCUUAGUUCUUGCAAUCGAUAUCAAAAUUCUAUCAAUAUCUCUGAAUUUAGGGUAGAAAAGUUGAGUAUGAAGAGCUAUUAUAUUAGGUGUGAGGGUAGAGAUUAUGUUAGUUUAGAUGGAGAUGGUAAUGGAAAGAAGGAGAAGAAGAGGUUUAGGGUUUUGAUAGCUGGCGGAGGAAUAGGAGGGCUAGUACUGGCUCUGGCUGCGAAGCAUAGGGGUUUUGAGGUGAAGGUGUUUGAGAAGGAUUUGAGUGCAGUGAGAGGGGAGGGACGCCACCGUGGCCCGAUUCAACUCUUAAGUAGUGCUUUGGCAGUGUUGGAAGCCAUUGAUGAAAAUGUUGCAAAGCAAAUUAUGGAAGCUGGUUGUGUUACUGGUGAUAGGAUCAAUGGCCUUGCAGAUGGUCUUUCGGGCGAAUGGCUUAGCAAGUUUGAUCUUUUAACUCCUGCCAUAAGGAGGGGACUCCCGGUGACUCAAGUAAUAUGUAGGAUGUCACUGCAAGACAUAUUAGUCAAUGCAGUUGGGCUCGAGAUAUUAAGUAACAAAUCUAAAGUUGUGGACUUCAUGGAAGACUCUAACAAGGUCACUGUCACCCUUGAAGAUGGACGCCAGUAUGAUGGUGAUGUUCUAAUUGGGGCAGAUGGGAUAUGGUCAGAAGUGCGAUCAAAACUAUUUGGAAGGCAAGAAGCAAAAUAUUCGAAUUACACAUGUUAUAGUGGUCUGACAAACUUUGUGCCGCCAUACAUCAAUACUGUCGGGUAUCGAGUAUUCUUGGGAUUGAACCAGUACUUUGUUGCUUCAGAUGUUGGGAAUGGAAAGAUGCAAUGGUAUGCCUUCAAUAGGGAGCCUCCCAUGAAUAAUACUGAUUCUCCCAAAGGUAAAAAACAGAGGCUUCUGGAACUAUUCAGGAGUUGGUGUGAUGAAGUGAUUACACUAAUUUUGAAAACCCCAGAUCAUAUGAUUUUACAGAGGGACAUAUACGACAGAGAUAUGAUCUAUUCCUGGGGAACGGGGCGAGUGACUCUAGUAGGUGAUGCCGCUCACCCAAUGCAACCGAAUCUCGGCCAAGGGGGUUGCAUGGCAAUUGAGGACUGUUACCAACUAAUUCUUGAGCUUGAUAAGAUUGCCAACAGUGGCUCCAGCAUUCUACUGUCGGAUCAAAUUGUUUCCGCCCUUAGAAGGUAUGAGAAGAAAAGAAUGUUCCGGGUUGGUACCGUGCACACAGCCAGUAGGAUGGCAUCUGAAGUGCUUGCUGCUUACCAACCCUACAUGGAAUUUGGAUUUGGCCCUCUGCCUGGCCUGUCAACACUGCGGAUCACCCAUCCUGGAAUUCAAGUUGCCCGAAUGUUUCUCCAGGUUUUUCUGCAGCAGUUCAUGACUUGGAUGAUAUCAGGCCAUGGCAGGUUGUGGUGAAAGAGGAAGAAGACUUUGCGGUCAAUCAUGGAAAAAAACUGCUUGAUAUAUUUGUCAGUUAACGGUGGAUGAUGGUAACCUUAAAUCCUAAAGCCUCAGGCUGAGGGCAUUGAGUAGGGAAAAUACGACCUUGAUUUGCAUAUGUGACUUAAGAUCUGAGACUGAUAUGUUAAAUGAAAACUUUGGAAAUGCUUGAGGCUGUGUUUGGUGGUGA